GAAAUGUUGAAAAUGUCACAAAACAAGAUAUUUACAGCAUUGAAGUAUCACUCAACGGACUAUUUAUAUGAGUUGGUUCAACACAGAACAUGAUUGCUAUUUCAGUAUUGGAUCAGUGGAAGAAAAGUUUACCUGUGGAGGAUUUCCUGGAAAAGAAACCUAUUUCCUCUGUAGAGUUUCAGACUAGUAAUAAUUUAUUAGAAGUUAUUCCAAGUUCAAAUCCUUACUCUCAGACUGACACAGAAGAACCAUUUUUACUUAUGAAGAAUGGUUUUAAGGAAAACUCCACCCAAGACCAAUAUCUGAAGAUUUACUAUGCCACUGAAUUUAAGGAACUGGGGCAAGAUUUAUGUUUGGAAGAGGAGUUUGUUUUUAUUGAUAAUCUUGAAAAUUUUUGUAAAAGACUGCCAACAUUAUCUACACUUCUGAGCAGACUACAGUUUUUUUUAGUGAAAGAUCCCCUUUUGGAUUCUGAAGGACAGAUUUUAACAGCAGAGAAUAUUUUCAGGUACCUACAAAUUGCUUAUUUCCUGUUGCCUGUUGAGUUAGAAUUUAGCAAACCCAACAAUGGCAGCUCUGAUUGUGUUAAGAUGCCAUCAUACUUAGAACUAAAGGAGAUGUUAAAUUUAGCUCCAGUCACUGUAGAUGAUGAAGAUCUUUGCAAACAGGUGAUCGGAGAAGGAUGGCUUGAAGAGAAGAAUUCUGUGACAAACCAAGAGCUGCUUUCUGCUGAAAGACAUCAGUCAGAAAAAGUAGUUAAUCCUAACCUGUCACUGCAGAUUCAAAGGCAGUACUUUGACAUGAGUGCUGCAUCAUCUGCCAAAAUUCACAGUACAAAUAAAUCUAUGGAAGAGCCUAAUGGAGGAAGCAUAAGAAAGAUUAAGACAGAAGAGGCAAUUCAUUUCUUAAACCAAGAAGAGGAAACCCCCAAACCAUCUGUAUCAGACAGCUGUAAAGGUGUGUCUUCUAAGCUAGACAGCUCAUCCUGUAGAGGAAAGCCUGCAUCACUUGCUUCUAAAUGGGCCAACGAUGAUUCUGAUCUCAACAACUUUAUUAUGAUGAGAUCUAGACAUACCAAAGUCACCCAAAGAGAGGAAAAAUGUUAUGUAGAUAGACCUGAGAAAGUGGUACAGCGUGAAGAACAGCUUACGCGUGUUCACAAAGAGGAUGAUUCUUUUUGUGAGACUGUAAAAACAGAGGAAAAAACCCAAGAGAAUAAAGACAUUAUCACUGUCAGUAUUCAACCAUCAGAAAGCCAGUGCCAGGCAUACCGCCUCUUGGAAGAAGCAGCCAUUCCUGUACUAAAAGAUUUGAUACAUCUGGGUGUACUUGCUUCUGUUACUUGGAGCUUUGACAGUGUUAAAUUUGAUCACACAAGAUUUUUUUUAAAACAGCAAGAGAAAGUGGUAUGUGAUAAUUUUAAACAAGGUAAAAUAGAUGAGAAGGAGAUCAUGCUGUUCAGACAUGCUGCUCUGGUACACCUGCUGGUGACAGUUCGAGAUCUGCUACUAACAUGUGGCUUGGAUACAGCUCUAGGUUAUUUGUCCAAGGCAAAGGAUAUCUAUAAAAACAUUUUAGAAUCCUGUUUGAAUAAUAUCUGGAGGCAGUUGAAGACUGUACAGUACAGCAGCCAGAAAAAGCAUGAAACGCAUCCCAAAACAUCAGCACUUCAGUGUGAAAUGUUAAAUUGGAUGAAAAGUUAUGGAGGGAAACACGACGUUAAGAUACUAAUCGUUACAAGGAUGGACUCUGAAAGAGAAAAGGCUGCCUUCAUUCACCCAUUGUCUAGGAUAGAAGCAGGUUUGAAAGCUGUGGAUUUGAAUUCUGAGAAAAAAGGAAGCCCUUUAAAUUGUAAAGAGAUCAUAAGCAAUCUUAGUAGAUAUUCCUGCAUCAUUGUACAUAAUCAGCAAAUUGGAGCUGACUUCCCUUGGACACACUUCUCAUUAGUAAUAGAAUAUGAUUAUUCUGAAAAUUCUGGCUGGAAAAAUCUGUGCAAAAAUCUGAAUGUUACUUACAUGACUUUUAAAACCAACCUCCCUGAAACAAUACAAAUGGGGAAUUAUGGUGGUUCCUUUCUUCUGGAAGUGCAGAUUCCAUAUGUAUUUCUGACAACUGAAGGUCUUCUUAAUAUGCCAGAUGUUCUUCAGCUUUUUGAAUCCAAGUACAGCAUUACCUUUGUUGAAAGAAGCAGUAGUUACUCCCUAAGGCUCUUUGGAAGUACAGAUCAAUAUGUUGUGUUGACAAUAGAUGAAUGUACUGCUAUCUUUUUGCAGAGUAUGGAAGAACUAAAUUGUGAGGACUCCUGUGACACUCUAAUAUCGAGACUGAUGGCAUUAUCACUCCAAUAUGUGUGCUGUUGGAUUAUUUUCUAUUCCAGAGAAAGACUGAGUUUAGAGUACAGUCUUAAGGGAAAUACUCUGCUUAACCUUGUCUUAAUUUAUGCCACUCUAAUUGAACUUACACAGAAAUCAGAAGACUUUGAAGUGAAGGUAGUUCUUACCCCAGGGAUUGAAGAGACAGCACUGAUAAUUCGUCAGAUUGCUGACAACAUUUUGAUAGCAUCUAAUAUCAGUCCUGAUGAGUGGCUGGACAAAUCCUGGCUUUCUGUCUUGCCAUCUGAGACAGAGAAAUGCCUGCUUACUUUUCCAUGUAUCAAUCCUUUGGUUGCUCAGUUUAUGUUAAAGAAGGGAUCUUCACUGAACAAGUUAUUUCUUGCAAGCUUUGAUGAACUCCAGGAACUUCUGCCAGAGAUUCCAAAAAAAGUUUUAAAGCAUUUCAGUGAUGUGGUAUCUUCAUACAACCUAAAUACUGCUGCUCCUCUAGAAAAAACAGUGAAAGGUGCAUCACACCCAGAAAACCAGAAUAACUUCAGCACAUUGCAUCUUGAUGAUAAACAAAAUUUUCAGAUUUUAGAGCAGCUUGAUAAGACACAAACCAGCACAGGAAUAUCUCAUAUGAAUUUGAAAGCCCUAAUUCCUCCACUGAAUCGUCAUAAGGGUUUUUUUAAGUCUGAUCUUCCAAGUUGUAUGCAAAAGAAAGCAUGCUCAUCAGAGGUAAUUACAAGGAGGAAGCUGGAAUCCUUUGCUGUAUCAAAGGACUAUGAAGAUUUUUCUCAUCUAGAAGUUAAAAAUUCUCUCCCUGUUCAAAGACAGCCUUUUAGGAUGCAUGAUGGCUCUGAUCAUACUUCCAAAGACUCUGAAAAAGAGGAUUUGUUUGCAACUUUCAGUGACUGUGCACCUCAGGAGAGCUCUAAAAGUUUUCUAGAAGAAUUGAGAGACACAACAUUUAAAAGCCCAGAAAUUAAGAUUCACCAGCCCCUGUGGAAUGAUUCUUCAUCCCCAGGCCCAUGUAAUUCAUUUGCUUAUGAUGGUUUUCUCUCUGAUUUCUUUGAUGAUACGGAUGAGCUUCAAAAUCCGAAUUUUAACCAAAUAGGUGGAGCAUCUAAAAGAAAGAGAAAACAAAGGCCUCCAUUUUUAUGGACAAAAGAAAAAAUUAAAACAGAUUCAGGAUUUCCAGAAGUACAGGAGUUUAAAAAAAGGAGAUUGACAUAUGAAAGAGUCCCUGGAAGAAGAGAUGGACAAACACGUCUUAAAUUCUUUUGA